GGAAGCGGAAGUGCCGGCUAAAGGUAGGCUGCAGCGCAGUGAUGGUUUUCAUUUCUCCCCAGGCUGGAGCUGAAUUGAUCCAUUAGUGCUGCACCCGGAACUUCUCUCCUGCGCCAGGAUGAAUCUGGAACGGGUUCCCAAUGAGGAUAAACUGCAACUGUGCAGGAAAUAUUACCUGGGGGGAUUUGCGCUGCUGCCGUUCCUGUGGCUGGUGAAUGUGGUCUGGUUCUUUAAGGAGGCUUUCUUCAAACCCACCUACACAGAGCAGCCCCUCAUCCAGAGCUAUGUUAAGCGCUCUGCGUUCGGACUCUUUGUCUGGGUCGUGAUUCUCACAACGUGGAUCAGCGUCUACCAGACACACCGAGCCAGCUGGGGGGCAACUGGAGACUACUUAUCAUUCACAAUACCGCUGGGCAUCCCUUGAUGUGUCCUUCUUUCAUCCCCCCAAAGCUGGAAAGAACUGGGACCACCUGUCCUUAUCCACUGCCAGAAAUGCACUGCCCUGCCCCUCAUCUCUCUGUAUUAACCCCUCAUCUCUCUGUAUUAACCCCUCAUAACACUCAUGUGCCCAUCCCUUCCGUGUGCAUUAAAAACGUUUUUCCCUGAUGAGCCUCCUGGUCUGGUCAUGACUAGAGACGUUUUUCCUGGAUAAAGACACGAGCUCUGUCACUUGUUAAUUCUGCCUAGAAAUAAAAUGAUUCUUGUUUAA